AUGGAUCACUCCCGACAUACGUCGACGACAGGGCCGAAGCCCCUGGAUGCGGCAUUGACGCCGAGUUCCGAUCCGAACGGGCACGAUCCGGAGCUCAUGUCGCCGACGAGAGCAUAUGUGCGCGUCUUCUCUUACCUCGGCCGGAUCGAGGCCACGCUCGACGCCGUCGCCGUCGCGGCCGCGUUCGGGUCGGGCACCGCCUUGGCGCUAGUCAACCUGGUCAUGGGCCGGUUGAUCAGGGUGAUACUCAACUUCACCUCGGGCGCCCUGGGCCGCGACGACUUCCUCCCGCGGGUGUCGGCGCUCUGCCUGCACCUCGUCUACAUCGGUGUCGCCCGCUGGGCCUGCGUCUACGUCUACACGGUCCUCUCCACCCACGCCGCCUACCACGCCGUCCGCAACCUCCGCGCCGACUUCCUGCGCGCCGCCCUGCGUCAGCCCGUCGCCUUCUUCGACCAGGCGCUGGGCUCCGUUGCCAUACAGGCCACCACCAACGGCAACCUAGUCCAGGCCGGCGCGUCCGAGAAGCUCAUGGUCUGCUUCCAGGCUGCGGCGACCGCCGUCGCCGCCUUCGCCGUCGCCUUCGCCUCACAGUGGAAGCUGACGCUGAUCCUCCUCGGCGUCGCGCCCGCGCUGGUCGUCCUGAUGGGCACCUGCGCCACCCUCGAGUCCAGGAUCGAGACGAGCCAGCUCGACGUCUUCGCCCAGGCCGCCACCCUCGCCGAGAACGUCCUGGUCACCAUCCGGACCGUCCACGCCUUCGGCAUCCGGCCCCAGCUCAUGACGCAGUUCGUGGCCUACCUCGACCGGGCCAAGGCUCUCGGCAUGCGCAAGAGCCCCCUCUACGGCUUUCUCUUCAGCCUCGAGUACUUCAUCGUCUACUCCGCCAUGGGACUCGCCUUCUGGCAGGGUAUCGCCAUGAUAGCGGACGGAGAGGUCGACGAUAUGGGAACCGUAUUCACCGUAAUCAUGUCCGUUCUCACGGCUAGCUUGACGGUAACCGUCAUCGCUCCGUACAUGAUCUCCUUCCAGAAGGCUGCCACGGCGGCUGCACAGCUGUUCGUCCUCAUCGACCGCAUAUCCGAUACUGAUCCAUUUGACGAGGAGGGCUUGAAGCCUUCAGACGACACCGUCCGUGGCGAGCUCGACAUCGAGAACAUCACCUUUAGCUAUCCGAUUCGGCCAGGGGUCACCGUUCUGAACCAGUUCUCGCUGCAUGUGCCCGCUGGGAAAGUCACCGCCCUCGUGGGCGCGAGUGGCUCUGGGAAAAGCACAAUCAUCGGCCUCAUCGAGAGAUGGUACAGCCCCGGGGUAGGCACCAUCAGACUAGACGGCACGCCGAUCCAACAUCUUAACCCGAACUGGCUCCGCACCCACGUCCGCCUGGUGCAACAGGAACCCGUGCUCUUCAGCGGCACCGUCUUGGAGAACAUAGCCCAUGGCCUCGUCGGCACCCCCUGGGAGCAUGCAUCCCCGGCCGACCAGCGGCAGCGUGUCGAGCGCGCGGCCGACCUCGCCUUCGCGCACGACUUCAUCACCACGAAGCUCUCGGACGGCUACGACACCCUCAUCGGCGAGCGCGGGGGCCAGCUAUCGGGCGGCCAAAAGCAGAGGAUCGCCAUCGCACGAAGCAUUGUCUCGGACCCGCCGAUCCUCCUUCUCGACGAGGCCACCAGCGCGCUCGACCCGCGGGCCGAGGGCGUCGUGCAGCGGGCCCUCGACAACGCGUCUAGGAGUCGCACGACCAUCGUCAUUGCGCACAAGCUGGCCACCGUCAGGCGCGCGGACAACGUUGUGGUCCUGGCCAAGGGCGCCAUUGUCGAGCAAGGUACCCACGCGGCGCUCAUGGCCGCCGGCGGGGUUUACGCGCGCAUGGUGCGGGCUCAGAACCUGACGGUGGACGGCGGAAAGAUCAUACGCAAUGCGGACGAUGAUCUGGCCGGGACUGAGGUCAUGGUCGACCAGAAGGAAGGUUUGAAGGAAAGCAAUGAUAUAACGGCAGAGAAGACACUGGACUUGGAGCCAGGCCUGCGACCCCCGAAUGCCUUGGCCGUUCAGUACGAUUUCGAAUCAGCCAACCGCAAAAACAUACUCGGGGACGUCUGGGAGCUCAUCCGCGAGAGCCUGGAGCUGAAAUGGUACUUCAUCUCCAUCUUCAUCGGCUGUCUCGUUGGGAGUGCAGCACUUCCCGGGCAAGCCCUUGUCAUGGGAAAGCUGAUGAGCGUCUUCAAUCUGCCGCCGGACCAGAUGCGGACUCAGGGAAACUUCUACUCCCUCAUGUUCUUCGUCAUGGGCCUGGCGGCCAUGGUCGUCUACUUUGCCACCGGAUGGAUCGCCAACUCGGCGGCCCAGGCGAUGAACCACAAGUUCCGGCGGACCCUCCUGGAAACCGUCUUGAAGCAGGACAUCAAGUUCUUCGAUCUUCCAGAGAACACCGUCGGCGCCCUGACCAGUCGCCUCGACUCCACGGCUCAGCAAAUGAUUGAGCUCAUGAGCAUAAACAUUGUGCUCAUCAUCCUCACCAUAUUGACGAUACUGGCCUGUAGCUGCCUCUCGAUAGCCACGUCAUGGAAGCUCGGGCUCGUCGGCGUCUUCGCCGGUCUCUCCCCUCUGCUGGCCGCCGGCUUCGGGCGCAUCCGACUGCAGCUCAAGAUGGACAGCGACAACGAUAGGCGCUUCUCGGAGAGCGCAGCCAUCGCCUCGGAGGCGAUCCUAGCCAUCCGUACCGUGUCCAGCCUCGCCCUCGAGCGUGUGGUCUUGCGGCGGUACACAGACAGGCUCGACGCGGCGACCAAGACGUCCGUCCGCCCCUUACUGCACGCCAUGCUGUGGUUCUCCUUCACACAGGCCGUCGAGUAUUUCGUGCUCGGCUUGGGGUUCUGGUGGGGGUGCUCGCUGCUGAGGGACGGCCAGAUAUCGCUGUACCAAUUCUUCGUGUCCUUCAUGGGCAUCUUCUACGCCGGGCAGAACGCCGGCACCAUGUUCACAUACACAAGCAGCAUCUCCCAAGGAAAGGCCGCCGCCGACUAUUACCUGUGGGUGAGGUCACUGGAGAGGACGGUGGAGGAGACGCCACAGAACAGAUCGGUGCUGCCGGCCCGCGGCGUGGAUCACGUUCACCUGGAGAACGUCACCUUCAGCUACCCGGCUCGGCCGGGAGCGCCUGUUCUUCGGAGCGCCGAGAUCGUCGCCGGCUCGGGUGAGUUUGUGGCACUGGUGGGCCCGUCCGGGUGCGGGAAAAGCACCGCCGUGGCGUUGCUGGAGCGCUUCUACGACCCCGUCUCGGGGACCGUCCGCGUCGACAACCGCGACCUCGCCGAGAUGAACCCGGAGGCGUACCGGGCGCGGGCGGCACUCGUGCAACAAGAGGCGACGCUGUACCCGAGCAGCAUUCGAGAGAACGUGUUGCUGGGCCUCCCUCGCCCGUCGUCGUCGUCGUCGUCGUCGUCGUCGUCGUCGCCAGGGCUCUCAGAACCCGGCGAUGACGAGCGGCGCGUCGAGGCAGCGCUCCGGGCGGCGAACGCAUGGGAAUUCGUCGUCUCCCUGCCCGAGGGUGUAAACACAUUAUGCGGCGUCAACGGGUCGCAGCUCUCGGGCGGGCAGAGGCAGCGCGUCGCCAUCGCGCGGGCGCUGAUCCGAAACCCCCGGCUGCUGAUCCUCGACGAGGCGACUUCGGCGUUGGAUACGGCGUCCGAGAGGGUGGUGCAGAGGGCUCUGGGACGAGGCGCCGCCGGCGAUGGCGUCGACGGGUCGCGGCGCGGCAGGAUCACGGUCGCUGUCGCCCACCGCCUCAGCACGAUCAAGGAUGCGGACCGCAUCUACGUCUUUGAUGGUGGAAGGGUUGUGGAACAAGGGAGACAUAACGAACUGAUCGCGCUGGGGGGCAUGUACAAAAAGCUGUGCGAAGCCGAGAGCCUCGGCAUGGAUGGUUGA